CUUUAGAAGGGAUGGUUCAUAUUUUAUGUGAUAUACAUCUCACAGCUCUAUUCUUCUCUUUCUUCAUCUUUCCCAUAUUUUGUUGUAUAUAUUUUUUUGGUCUUAUACCACGUAAUAUUAAAAAAUAUAGCAAGAUGAUGAAAUUUUACGACUUCAUAAAUAGGGAACCAGCUCUUCUACUGCCACUAUUUGCAAAGAUUGUAAUAAAACUGGCCAUUUCUCUAAGGCAUAUUGCAAAUGGAUUACCUACUGCAGGUAACGGCGAGUAUUUUUAUUUCUUUGAAAAUGAAAAGGUUUAUGUUGCAAUGCAGCUGGUAUCAUUUGGCGUUACUUGAAAAAAGAGAAGCUGCUGGUGACCUUAUUGUGACAAUUAAUGAAUUCAAGACCUCAAAAAAAAUGAGACUGAUGCUUUGGGUAUCAAAUGGAGAUAGUCUACUUGUCUGUAAAACAUGUAAUAUAUUAUGGCAACGCGAAGUCAACGCUGCAAAGAAUAUAAUGAAAAUCUCUUUUGUAAUAUGAAAAGACUUGGGCAAUCUAGAAGCUUAUUUUAGAGGUUAUUUAUACGUAUCAAAUUCACGAAUUGCCGUAUUAAACAC